GUUUACGUUAUUAUAUUUCAAUCUUUAGAGGGUAUAUAAGGACACAUAUUAGGUUAACAUAGUAUUCUUUACCUUUUUGUUAUUUGGAAAAAAUGAACAGUUUUCACUCAUUUGUCAGUCUAUUCUUUAUGCUUGUAACAAAUGUUCAACAUGGUUUGUCGGAUGAACCUUUGUCGACAAGACCAAUUGAAGAACUUUUGUAUGACAAAAUGACCGAAAUGAAUUUGAACAUACAGAAAGUGUUUGAAAGACUGGAUAAGAAUGAAGCUGACGCAGAGCGACAAAACGGUGAAAUUACAAGAUUGUUUAUCUCCGGACAAAAAGUGUUGUUUGUCGAGGAAUUAGAAAGAGACGGAUGGGAGAUGGUAUUUCGGGCCUCAUCAAGUAAUGGACAAAACGUUCAUGAUGCGUGGACGAAGGGGGUUGGCGUUUCCUCAUACAAACCCAAAUCUAUGGCAAGAUCGUACUCGAAUCACUACAGAAACAACAUUGUCUCAAACUGGGCCAAUAUUGGGGUAAAGUAUGUCAAGUAUGCCUACUAUGAAAACAACCAAGAAGUUGCUUACGUCAUAUUCAACGGGGCCGGAAGUAAUAUCAACUCUUGGUUUGAUAAACGACGUGUUAUUGCAUCGAGCUACACAGAUCUAACUGCAACCAGUAGCUUUAAUCGCUUCUCGAUCGCUGGAGAUUACAGACCUGGAUCUGGUGAACGUCGCUUUUUAAUCAACUCACACUAUGGUGGUUGUGCUAAAGACUUAGGUCACAUGGUAAUUUCUGAAGAAGAACCCCCAAAUAACUUAUGCAACUGGGAUAACCAUCCAAAAUAUCCACAAUUCCUUUACUCGAAGAUUAACACUAUUGACUAUUGGGGGAGAGAAAUGUUUGGAAGAGCCGACUACAUGGCAAUUUUUAUAAAAUCUGAAUAGAACGUUUAACGAAUGAAUUCUUUUUGUGAAGCUUUAAUCAAAGAAAUAGUAUCAAAAGCUCGCAAAACAUGUCAAUAUCGUAAAGAUCUAUAUUUUUCAUUUUUCAGCUACAUGGACAUUUGAAAGUUAAAAACACACACUCAUUUAAUCACUACAGUAAUUUACAAUUUCAAGAUGUUUCAAAACACAAACCCAACAACUUGAGGAAAAGGUGAUAAUAAAUUUACUUAAAUUCAGAAAAAAAGUUCCUUCUUUCAGUUCCACCCAACAUAUUUUUCCUUUAAGGCACACUCAUUCUUUUACAUGGGACUCAUAUGCCGGUUUUCAUAGAAUGACACAUGUGUGUCACAUUGAAAGUUCCAUAAUCAUCGCUUUAUGAACAAAUAAGAUGUUUCUUAAUCAAAGAAACCACCAUUUUUAGGUUUGAAUGUUUAGUUGUACUUAAGUUAAUGCUUUCCCUUUACAUCUACCAUCCAUGAGCAGCUUCGAUCAAAUGGAGUCUGCAACAUUUUCAAUUUGCCGAUUGUUAAUGUUUUCAUUAUUUUUCUAUUAAUCUUCUUGUCACUAACAUUGUCACUUUCAUAUCCAAUAGUUACAUUUAUAGGUGUUUUUAUGUAAUCUUAUAAUCACUAUACUGAUGGUCAUUAAAUGCAAUCAUCUACAUUCUGCAGGGAUCCCCUUGUACUUUGCAACUAUGCUGCACGAAAAUAUACUCGAGGGUCGUAAUACUUCCAAAAUUACACUUGUAAUGGAAAAUCAGUGAUAUAGAUCUAAGUAUCACACAUCCCACCAAUGUGAUGAUUUAUUAUUCUCAUGCUUAUA